GGGAAAUUCUUGAAAAUGGAGAGAAGUGGUGUUUGUGAAGAAACAUUUUUGCAAAAAAUCAAGCAUAUCAUGGAUUUCAAUAAUGGAAAAAGAGUGAUGUGGGAUUGUGAGCACUCUAAAAAAGUGAAAACGAUUUUGAGCAGAACGGAAGCGAAAGCAGAUAUGUCUCACUACUACUACUUCAAGAAAUAUGAAUUGUUGCAAAUCGGGUCUGUGAGUAGUAUUGUCUUGAAGCGGAGUAGCGAGAGUGACGAUUUAGUCUAUAUGGUUCCAGUAGAAGGUUAUUUCGAGAAAUUGUUAGAAGCUCACAAUCAAACUGGCCAUGGAGGUCGAGAUGAGAUGCUGUACUACAUGAAACAAAAAUGGCGCAUCCCCAGGAGUGCAUGUGAGAUAUUUAUUAGUUGUUGUGAGACAUGCAAUCGAAAAAAGUCAACGGUAAGAAAGGGCGUAGUUGUCAAGCCAAUUCUUUCCCGGGGGUUCAACGCUCGCGGUCAGGUCGACUUGAUUGAUUUCCAGUCAUGCCCCGAUGGAGAAUACAAGUGGCUUAUGAACUACCAGGACCACGCUACAAAAUUUAUACAUCUACUUCCUUUACAAUCCAAACACGCGGCUAAUGUAGCAGAAGAAUUGUCAAAAAUUUUCUUCACAUUUGGAGCUCCAGCUAUCUUGCAGAGCGAUAAUGGCCGAGAAUUCGCUGCAAAUGUUGUCAGAGAACUUGUUUCUCUUUGGCCGAGCUGCAAGAUGGUUCACGGUCGUCCCAGACAUUCACAAACACAAGAAAGUGUGGAACGAGCCAACGCUGAUGUAGAAAAUAUGUUGCGAGCGUGGAUGAUUGAUAAUAAAUCGAAUGAAUGGGCAAGAGGCUGUUACGAAGUGCAGUGGCUGAAAAACACUUCGAAACACCGGGUAAUUAACAGGACGCCUUAUGAAGCUAUGUUCGGACCUAUGAAAAAUGGCGUGGCGAGUUUUAAUUUGCCCCGCGACGUUAUUGCCAAUUUAAAUACAGAAGAAGACUUGGAAAACGCUCUCCGAUUGCUCAGCGAUUCGGAUCAACAACAACAACACCAAGAUAAUCCAACGGUACUGAGUACACAGGAAAAAACCCAGGAGCAUAUUUGUAUUGUUUGUGAAUCUGGUGUAUCACUUGAAGACGCAGUGACAUAUCAGGAAUGUGAUCUGGAAACGCACAUUAAUUGUGGGACCUUGGCCGAUCAAGAUACAUUUUUUUGCUCGUUAUGCUCAAGAAAAAAACAUAUCCAUGAUGUACAGGAAGAUUGCCAUAGGAGGCAGAAAUUGCCAGCAAAUAAAAUGGUGACAUUUUCUACUGAGAAAUUUCCAGAAUUGGCUGCUGGAGAUUGCAUUACACUAGCAGUUCCAACUGUAGAUCGAGCCCCCCUUGACUUCAGCAGAAUCCUGGGCGUUGUUCUAGAUAAACAAAAUGAAGUAUAUCAAAUCGGAACUAAGGCAGGAAUAAUAAAGGGUUGGUUUUCUCGACCGGAGAUACAGAAAUCAGGAGCCAGUAUGAUUACUCUUCUGGAUGUUCGGAGAGAUAAUUUUCUUACCCUUAGAGAAGCAGCGGCGGCGCAAUCAAAAGGCCAAGGUUACAAAAAAUGUAACUGCAAAGUGACAAAAGAGCAAUGUUCGACAAAGCGGUGUUCUUGCUUCAAAGCCAAUAUGAAAUGCGGAUCUCGGUGCCACAAUUCUAAUUCUUGUGCGAAUAAAGACUGUUAA